AUGCCCCCGCCCUGUAGCUUGAAGGAGGCCCAACGGUUGACCAGACGGAUCACAGCAUUGUCCAGAUUCAUAUCUAGGUCAUUUGAUCGGAGUCUACCAUUCUUCAAGGUGUUGCGCCGAGCAACAAGAUUCCAGCGGGAUGCAGAGUGCGACCAAGCGUUGGAAGAACUCAAGGAGUAUCUUAACUCCUUACCCGUGUUAGCUAAGCCGAGUGCUGGGGAGCCACUUUGGAUCUAUUUGUCAUCCACCGACUAUGCGUUCGGCUCGGCAUUAGUCAAGCAGAAUGGCCAUGAACAACAACCCGAAGACUUUUUAAGCCAUAUAUUGAAAGACGUCGAAUCCUGCUACACUGGUCUCGAAAAAUUAGCUUACGCUUUGGUGCUUACCGGUCGGAGACUCCGCCCAUACUUCCUCACUCAUCUGAUAAUCGUCAUGACCAACAACACCCUGGGAAGAGUCCUCCUCGACCCAGAGGCAUCUGGGUAUUACAACAUCUUGCAUCGACUAACUGAGGAGAUGAAGACAUCCACAGUAUCUUGCCUGUUCGACCAAUGGGGCACGGACAUCGUGGGGUCGUUUCCCAUGGCAACCGAUCAACGGAGAUUCCUGCUCGUCGCGGUGGAUUACUUCUCAAAGUGGAUGGAAGCCGAUCCGCUAGCAAGGAUAAGUGAGCAAAUGAUCAUCAAAUUUAUCCGGCAAAACAUCUUGUGUCGGUUCGGCAUCCCCCACUGGCUUAUCUCAGAUAAUGGGAGGCAAUUUGCGGGACGGAGGCUCAGGGAAUGGUUCGAAGUCUAUGGCAUCUAG